AUGCCGUUCGUGAGUAAAGGCACUGGACGAAGGAGUCAUUCGAAGGUUCGGUCCACGGGAUGUUCUGCUCGCGUGAAUGCUCGCGUGUGUUUGAGACCGAGUGGAAAUGGGUUUCACUUCGUGGUGUCCGCGUCUGGAGCUCAUGAUCACGCUUUGACAGAGCAUCGAUGGUAUAGUUACGCUGAGAAUCGUCGCAUUGAGGACCCCCAAUUGCGUGAAGAUGUAGCAGUCCUGUCCAAGGCUGGAGCUAAGCCCCGCGGAAUUUUAUCUUAUCUUCGGGCGAAAAAAUGGAAACUUAUGCUGUUGACAGAUGUCCACAACUUGAUUCACGUAGUGAAAAAGACCUUUCGUGGUGGCAGAACAGAUGCUGAAAGAGCUAUUGCUGAACUAGAUGAGUUCAUCGAGAGUGCUACUGGAAACACGGCUGAGUGCAUCGUCGACAGUGAGACCAACGUCAUCCGUGUGGUGACUUUCCAGUCAGCGCGUCAGAAACGAUUGUUUGCUGCUUUCCCUGAGGUCGUGCUGGUGGAUUCAACCCACGGGACUAACGUAAAUCGGUAUAAGCUGUGUACCUUUACGGUACACGAUGUCUUUGGUCUGGGCCAGUACGUCCAGCACGCACUGGUGCAGACGGAGGAGAAAGCAAACCUUGCUCUUUCGGUGGGUGCAUUCAAGAGGAACAACCCGCAGUGGUCGAAGAUUGAAGUCGAAAUGACAGAUAAAGCGAUGCAUGAGAAGGAAGUGCUCCAUGACGCCUGGCCAAAUGCGAGACAGUUGCUCUGCCGGUGGCAUGUCGAAACUUGGUUGAAGAAGCAGUGCUCUCGUUUGGGUGGAGUGGGAAGGGCGGAAACGAUGAAGCUGAAAGUGAUAAUGAAAGAGCUUGUGAACGCUGAAUCUCAGGAGGAGUACGGCGACUUGAAGGGUUCGUUGCUGGAGACACUCGGAAACGACAAGGAAAACCGCUUGUACAUGAGCUUCAUGCAGCACUGGGAUACGACGGAUGAGUGGGUGAUGUUCAAGCGUGGCGACGUACCUCAUCUGAUGAACAAUACUAACAACCGUCUCGAGUCGAAGUGGGGACGUAUUAAGGAAGUGAUGGACACCCACAUGACGAUUGACGAGCUGAUUUCUAUGCUUAUUACGCUACAGGGGUACGCUGAAGAGCGAUAUCUGUCUGAAUGGCAUCGUGUGGGGAGUCGGGUGCAAAUAAAUGAAGACCGGGAGCUGAAAUCAAUUAGACAACUCAGUACCUACGCAUUCCGAAUCGUGUCGGACCAGUACAAAUUGGCGGUGGGCCCCCAGGCUAACUACAGCACAGAUAUGGACUGCGAGAAGACGAGGUUGACGAAUCCAGCCACAGCGAAAGCACACGAGGUUGACCCACGGGGUGUGUUGAUCCAGCUUGCCACAUGCGACUGUAUCUUUAGUCAGACAUGUCUUCUACCAUGCCGACACGUUAUGUACGUCCGCAGCAAGGCCAAUUUCGAGACUGUUAUACCGCCGCUGCAUACUUUAUCGUCCUGA